AGAAAUAGUCAACAGUCUGACCAAUCGAAAAAAAGAGAAAGCAUAUAAUCACGUGGCAGUUCGCGCAACGGGCGUUUUGUUUACAUCGUCAAUUCACUGCGAAUAUUAAAUAAAAAACAACAAUAAAUUGACCUAUUUAUAAUUUAUUUACCUUUAUCAAGAAUAUUCUACAAAUAUAAAAAUGCUCCGAACUCGAAAAAGAAAGGAAAAUGUGGAGAAAAUGUCACAACCAAGAAUAACAGAUUUCUUUAAUGAGAGAAAGUCGAAGAGAAAAUCAUUGGAUAAUUUAAAAGAUAAUGAACAAUCAAUUAAACGUUUGAAAAAAACUGCACAAAAUUUAGAGGAAACAAAAGUAAAUGAAACCAAUGCAUCCAAGUUAUUAAUUUCAGUUCUGAAGAAGGAAACAAAAUCAAAAGCUAUCUUAAAAAAGAAUACAUUGAAAACAAUCACAAGUAAUACACAAGAAACAAAUGAUUUGCCUUUGAAAAAUAUUGAAAAACCAAAACCAUUAAUUAAGGAGAAUAUAAUUUUAGAAGAGAAACAUAAAGAAUCAACUGUUGAUGACGUUGCAGUAAAAUGUCAAAAGAAUUCACAACAAACUGAAAUAGGAAACUUAAAAUCGGAAAAAUUCAAAUGCAAAAAGAAAGUUCAAAUAUCUACUCCUACAAAAUUAAAGAAAGAAGAAGCAGUUUUAGAUGUAGUGACUGCAACUAAUUUACCGCUACCAAAGGACUAUGACUUUUUACUAAACGUUUUUACAAGCAUUGAUUCUAUUGCAAUGAUGCUGUACAAAAGAGGCAGUGUUAUAACUUUCAAUAAAUUGCAACCUGCUCUUCAAAAUAUGGCAAAUAAAAAAGUUAAUUUAGAAGAACUGGCCAAAAUUCACAAACUAUUUCCUGAAGCAUUUUCAUUUAAACGAAAAGAAAUGCUGCAAUUAUCAGACCCAAAUAAAACUGGAUACGAAAUUAUCUUGGAGCCAAAAUUUGACAAUGAAUCUAAUUUACAAGGCGAAGACAACGAAACUGUUCUUUCUGUAAGAAAGAAAAAAUUCUACAAUGCACUCUUAGAGAGAGUUAAAUGUCAACACGAACAAUUUUUAAAAGAAACUAGUAAAUCGAGUUCAGUGAUUCGAAAAGUAAAAAUUAAUUGCUGGCAUCCUAAUUUUGAUGUUGAAAAAUGUAAACCAAUUGAAAUUUCCGACUUGGAAUUUUUUAGGUUAACUAAAAUAACUUCGCCGAAACAAGUUUUGGAGAAAGUAAUGGAAAGUUUAAAAACUUCGCAAGUGCCAGCAGAAGAGAAUACAAAGAAUAUUUCCAAACAGGCAGUGGAAAAAGAUUAUUACCCAAGACUUCCUGCUGUUGCUAAAAUUGUUCGCUGUAUUUUUGUAAGUGAAAGAAAAAAUGUUCUCCCAUUAAGUUCUUUAGUAGAAAAAGUGCAGUUUUCUUAUAAAGUGAAAUUAACAAUUUUAGAAUUAAAGAAGCAUAUAAAAAUAAUAUGCAAUUCAGUGCCAGAAUGGCUAAAAUGUUUUAAUCUCGGAAAUUGUGACCGAGUGAAAUUAGAUAAAAACAUACCUUUUGAAAAGAUUCAAACAAUAUUAGAAAGUUUAGCGAAAAACAAAUAAUUUAUCUCAUUGUAUUUAAAUUUACACUAAAUUACUUGAAUGUUAAAUAAUUAUAAAUAUUAAAAUUGUUUUAUUAUUUAAAACAAACUUUGUCACUGGCGAUUGAAUUAAUUACUAAAACUUACUCAUAUUAAAUUUCUUUGUAUUGUUAUAAACAAUUAUUACAUGAAUUUGUUAACAAAGUUGACGUACUAAAUAUAUUUCUUGUAUUCACAUUUCUAUUAAAAUACACGUUUUAUUUCGUAGAAAA